AUGAAUAACUUCAGCGUCGUCAGGGAAUUUGUGCUCCUGGGAUUUUCUCAUCUCCAUGAAUUUCAGAUCCUUCUGUUUGCUUUCAUCCUAUUGAUAUAUGUACUGACAGUGCUGGGGAACCUGGCCAUUAUCACCCUCACAUGCCUUGACUCACGCCUCCACUCACCCAUGUACUUCUUCCUCUGCAACUUCUCCCUUAUGGAGAUGCUGGUCACCUCCACUGUGGUUCCUAGGAUGCUGGCAGACCUCCUGUCCACUCACAAGAUCAUGUCUCUGGCCGAAUGCCUAAUCCAGUCUUUCUUUUACUUCUCCCUGGGCUGCACCAGCUUUUUCAUCCUCACAGUCAUGGCCUUCGAUCGCUAUGUGGCCAUCUGCCGCCCUCUGCACUAUCCAACCAUCAUGAGUGGUCCAGUCUGUGUGAAGCUGGUGGUAGCCUCCUGGGUGGUCGGGUUCCUCUCCAUCAUCUCCCCAACCCUGCAGAAAAGCCAGCUCUGGUUCUGCGGAGCUAAUGUCAUUGACCACUACUUCUGUGACUCUGCCCCAUUUCUCAAGCUUUCCUGCUCCGACAUUCGCCACAUUGAGCACAAAGACUUCUUCCUGUCCUUGCUCUUUGUGCUGGCCACCAUGCUGCUUAUUGUGGUCUCCUAUGUCCUCAUUGUGGCUGCAGUCCUGCACAUCCCGUCCUCCUCUGGGCACCAGAAGGCCUUUUCCACCUGUGCCUCCCACCUCACUGUGGUGAUUCUGGGCUAUGGCAGUGCCAUCUUCAUCUAUGUGAGGCCAGGUAAAGGCCGCUCCACACACCUCAACAAGGUGGUGGCCCUGCUGACUGCAGUGGUGACCCCAUUCCUCAACCCCUUCAUCUUCACCUUCCGGAAUGAGAAAGUCAAGAAGGUCCUUGAGGAUAUGACCAAAAGGAUCCCCUUCAGGGACCCUGCAGUCCGCAGAUGA